UUCAACGCCACUGCGGCGCGGCGGCAUACGUACUGCUGCUGUGCCCCAACAAAGACCUUGACUUAAUGGAAUUAUCUCCUCGCCAUGAGCAGCCUGUUCUUUCCGCUGGAGGGAGCGCUCCCCCAGCAAAAUACAACCCCUCGUGGGAUGCGCCAGGCAACACGCUGACAUCUCUGUUGCCAAUGGGGAAGCCGUCCCGGGCGGGAGUGGAAAGCGACCAGCCAUUGGCGCAGCAGGGGAAGCGACCAUUGGGCAGCACCGCGGCCGACGCGAUGGAGUCGAAACGGUUGAAGCGACUGGAGAAGAACCGGGAGUCUGCUCGCGAGUGUCGGAGACGGAAGAAGGAACACAAGGAAAAGUUGGAGGCGCAGCUCGCUGCUCUUGAGGAGGAAAACCUCAACCUGCGGCUGCAGCUGAGGGUGGGAGACGAGGCGGAGGAUGCGGAGAACGCGGAAAUCUUGGAGAUCAAGAAAGGUCUCCACGACCAAGUGUCGAGAGGGGUCGGGGAAGGGCAGAUCCUCCAGACGAUGGACUUGUUGACAGAGCGCUUCGCUGAUUACGGCAGUGCCCACACGUCAGCGGCCGAUUUCCACCUGGCGCAGCUCUCUCGCUUGCUUCUGCCGACGCUCACCACGAGAGUUUGCAUGCAUGCCGUGCUUCAAGCCGGCGGCAGCGGCGCCGGUGCCAAAACAGAACGGGUGGCGGGGGUUGUAACCCCCGGGGUGCCACCCGCCGCGUCCGCCGACGGCCGUUCGGAGAACGCCCAAGGAGGGUUUGCUGGUGGAUUUUUGGCGUCGUCGUCGUCGGGCUACGCUCCCGGGGGGGAUUCGUUGCUUGCGUCGGUACCGGGAGACGUGGGGGGAGGUGCCCGGCAGAAGACGGAGGCGGCGGUGGCGGCGGCCGGGUUGGGAGGUGCCGCGAGUGCGGCGGUGGACAUGUGGACGUCGCUCGUUGUGCUCCUUGAGGCUACGCCUGAGCAGCAGGCUGUGAUGCAUAACCAGGCAGGGGCUAUAGCGGACCUUGUGAGGGACCUAGAGGGGACGGAGGAAAUAGUCGAGCGGUUGCGGCUCUUGCUGGCCGACCGUAACCAAACCCUUGACGGAGAGAUGGCAGCGAUUCAGCGCAUUCUCACGCCGACGCAGAGCGCGAAGUUCGUCCUGUGGGUUUCAAAGAACAAGGCGUGCGUGCACAUGCUGAACCAACUCUGGGACAAGCUGCACGGCGUAGACCAGUCGCCGGCUGCGUGACUUUUGUACAGUAGUGUAUGGGGGUUUGGUCAUCGCGGCAUUUUGUACAAUAGUGUGUGGGGGUUUGGUCAUCGCGGCGCCCCGGCGCACUCGCGUGGCUGGCUGGCUUAUCCUUGUGCUUUGCCCCGCAAUACUGAUGUCUCUGAAGGCUUUGGGUUAGGCGUAGAUGAUGGUUGGCCGGUGCUGGGUUGUGGUCGGUGGUGGUUGCGUGCCGAAUGGUAUCGGGGUGUCUGGCGUGUUUACUUGAGUGUCUUUCUCGGGUUCCUUCUGCUCCUUGGACAUCAAAAAGCAUGUUGAUGGCGCAAUGGGUGGCAUGGGCCCACCUCUGUCUGGCGACGGUGUAGAGCUCCUUGCCCUUCCCACAAUAAGUUGCUGCUGCAAAUAGAAAUCCAACUGUCGUGUGUGAAGUGGGUAAAGGUGAUGUUGAGCACAUGUUCAGCGCAACGCUCGCUCCUCUUGUAGAAACCCAGGUGGCAGAAUUAUGACAUGUGGUAUCUCGCCAACGGAUAAACCUGGAACAGUGUGCUCGCCUCAAGUAGUGCGUUUUGUGAUCAUCCGUUCGUGUGUUUUCGUGUGCGAGGGCCUGGCCAGGCUCAGGUGUAGAAGGGCGAUAUGCAAAUACAAAUACCCUGGCGGUGAUCGUCCAGAUUAGGAGUCGGCGGUCUGAUAGGGGCAGAACACCGCUGGAAAGUGCCGGUUCAGCUCUUCGUGUGCUGCAGGGUGUCUUGCUUGCCGUAGUUCAACCGCUUUCGUGCCGUAUGUGUUAGGCAUCUGUGCUUGCGAGUAUUCUUCACGCCUUCUAUUUAGCAAGGUUGCGGGUGGCGGAUCACAUGGUUUUGUUGUUUAGACGAGAACGGAGGCGGCGGCGGGGGGG